GAGGUGGAGAUACUGAAAGAAGACAUCAAGGCAGCUCUUGCGAAAGGGUGUGUGCUUGCUAAGCUUAAUUCUGAUGCGCGAAGGCGAGCUGAGCUGGGCCCGAGGCUAUACAGGGACUUCGUCGAGAUUGUCGCCACCCCACCGUCCCCUGAUGCCGCUGCGCAAUUGAAUUGCCCACGUAUCGACUCUACAUUGUGUGAUGCACUUACCUGCAUGGUGCAUCUGCGUGACGCUCUCUCUUGCACUGAUUGGAGGUCUGCUGACUUCAUGCUUUAUCGUGCCAAGGCAGUGCCACUGACCACGAUCUCGAAGCUGACCAAGCACGAGAUCGAAGAGGCGCAGGAUAUGCUUCUGGACUAUGCAGCCAAGCAAGCCAUGUGCUCUGCUCUCGUUCACGAAACCACGACCCGGCGGGGGAGCGGACCGGGGGGGCAUAUUGGGGCUCGAUGA